GCAUACACGCGUACAGUAGUUACUGACUCAAAUACUGCAGCAACGAAAAUGAGUUGCAACUUGCGCUCUGCACACAGGCGUUAACCUUGUUCUGAAGCCGUUCAAAAGUUUCUGUAGCUCAAAGUUGCGAUAGGCAAGAGCAAUACAGCUUAGAGAAUGCCGAUAGACUUCUUCGGCCUGUUCUUCCUGGGGCUAGGCCCCGGGAUAGCGUUCUUCAUAGUGCUUAUUGCUAGAAAGUCAUUCCUGGUGCUGCUGGCGCUCUUCAGCGCAUUCCUAUGGCUCGUGGUGCUGCUCUUCAUCUCAGCCAUCUUCCGGGCUUUCGUGCCUCUGAGCCCCACCAUUGGGCCCUACACGGGCAUGUUAGCAGCAUCAGUAUUCAUAGAGGAGGCGGUGCGCUACGGCACGUGGUGGCUACACCGCGUGACGCUGAAUACGCUGGACGGUAUGGCUCGAGCCAGCGGUCACCGCUUCGGGCUGCUUGACAAGCUGUAUAUGGCUGUGGCGUGGGGGUACGGCCACGGCGCCUGCCACGCCGUGUUCUUCUUCCUGUCGCUGCUGCCGCUCACAACGGGUGACGGCACGCUGUAUGUGGCGGAGUGCCCGCAGAUGUCCGUGUUCCUGGUGGGUGCCCUGUACUCGCUGGCGUUCGGCAUGAUCCUGACCUCGCUUACCGUGAUCGCCUUUGACGGCUACAUGAACAAGAACUACCUGGUGGUGGCAGCGGUGGCGCUGCUGCACUGGGGAGCAGCGUUCUUGACGCUGCUCAAUUUCCAGCGGGAUGGCUGCGUGGUGUCCAUGCCUGUGUUGGUGGCGCUGGGGCUGCUGCUGACCGGAUACACGGUGGCGCUGUGUUGGAAGAAGGGCCAGGUGGCGCGGUGAUGAGGAGGAUGGAGGCUGGGAGUGGUGGCGCAGGGUGGGGUGUGGAAGUGCGGGGUAGUGGGCGUGAGACGUAAGCUGGUAGCCCAAAGGAAGCGGGGAUAGGGCCAUGGUAUAGAAGUCUAAGGUCAUUAAGUCGGUCUUGAGAACUGUUUGAAUGGAGUGGAUUGUAGCUAAGCUCGAUGGGGCGCCGGAGUUGGGGAUGAAAGUCGGGGCCGGCAGGAGUGACCGUGUCAUCCCGCUGUAAGGGGAUGAUGGAAAGUGGACAAACUUGCGACUGCCAUAAUACAUAGCUUGCUUAACAGUGACACUUUGCUCUUGAGCUUGUCUCUAGGUUCUAAAACUUGAUUUCCCGCGAAAAAUGUUAGCAUAGUGCUAAUGGGCCCUCUUUACCUUUACUAGGCUGACAAGCACUAUGGGCGUGCAUAGGAUGUUACGGCAAAGAUAGACAGCGUUGACGCGUUAAGAGGUGUUCACGAGCGAUUCCUGCGCAAUGGCGCUGGAACGGGUCGAGGUGGUCGUUCCGGAGACGGAGGCGGUGGCCAUCGAGUACCCUGCCUUCAUCCGGAAUUCGGACAGGGCGCUUGCCACUUUGGGCGGGCUAGAGGGCAUCGCGGUCGCAGUGGAUGCGACGGACCACCUCAAGCUCAAGCACCGGCCAGACGAUCGCACCAGCCACCCGCUCUACGGCGAGCGGUCGGACCAGCUUCGAUUACUACUUCGAAUCGCGCG